GCUGUCAGCAGGAGCGAGCCAGCGAGCGCGCGCGGACAGACAUAAGGGACGAAGGCCAGCGAACCACAACCACAGCGACGCUCGUACGCACACGCAAACAGAAAGAAACGUAGAGAGAGUCCGCUAGAGAGAGAGAGAGAGAGAGACAGAGAGAGACAGAGAGAGACGGGGAGAGAGAGAGAGAGAGAGAGAGAGAGAGAGAGAGAGAGAGAGAGAGAGAGAAUGGCGAACGACAGCGCGAUUGGCCGGUUGUCCUCCUUGGGGAUAACCGGCGACAAUCUGAUCAUUGCAUUUGACUUCGCUAUGGAUAACCUGACGGGUGGGGCAUCGUCUUUCGGCGGCGACUGUCUUCACGACGUUAGUAAGGGGUUUCCCAAUCAGUACAUGUUCUCUGCCGCCAUAGUAGGACACGCCAUGUCCAAUCUUUGCGGCGGCAAGGCGGGACGUCCUGUUUUCUUGGGGUUUGGCGCUGCUGAUAGGGAUGUUUUCAGUCUCGGUACCGCGAACGAGCACUUGCGAUACGAGAUGCGCGCGGGGCUGCGGCGGUACAAGCAGAUCGCACCUCAUGUUCGGCUUGGAGCUUCGUCUUCGUACGUUGCACCGAUCGAGGCAGCCAUCGAAGUUGCCGAGAAGGACGGUUUCCAUCUCUUGGUGAUUAUCACGUGCGGCCGGCGCAACGAUAUGCGGGCGACCGCGAGCGCGCUGGAGCGAGCAAGCAAGCACCCCCUGUCCAUCGUUUUCGUCGGCGUGGGGGACGGACCGUGGACUUUCUUCCGUGACUUCAGGAUGUGUUUGGCGGAAAACGACAGGGCGGAGUCCAGGAUGGCAUUGACCAAUACUUCUUUCAUCAGCUUCAGGGACAUGUCGGCCAUGCCUCGAGUCCGGGCGAAGAAGGAUGUGCUCGUCUCACCUGGCUGCCUGCGUGAGCUUCCUGACCAGUACGAUGACAUGGCGCGAAGGGGGUUAAUCACCGCGCAUCGCGCCGGGUGCAGAUGUGCACAACGUAGAAGCCAUAGAAUCCUUCUCCCGCCAAUUGACGUAUUUUGGGCAGAAGCGGCGGGGAGGUUAGUGUGUCGCGAGCCUGUGAUGGAGUAUGGACCUUACGCGUAGACGCAUUGGGGGAGGGAGAAGGAAGGAACUACCUACCGUCUUCAUCGGAACUUGUAAUUAUGAUUCCCAAUGCAUCGGUCGUAUAUCCUGUCCAGAUGCGUUCAGAAUGUCGCGGGCAAUUAUGAUUCUCAAUGCAUCUGUCGUAUAUCGUGUCCAGAUGCGUUCAAAAUGUUGCGGGUAAUUAUGAUUCUCAAUGCAUCUGUCCUAUAUCCUGUCCAGAUGCGUUCCAAAUGUUGCGGGAUGGCGAGUGGUGAAAGCAUCCCUAUGUCUGGCUGCUAGGAGAAAGAAGUCUUCGUGUACGAUAUGUAAAUAAUAUGGAAAAUAAUAAAAUAUGCUAUUGUGA